AUGACAACCCCCCUCCCCCUCCCAGAGGGAAUAACCACCCGCUUCAUCCCCACAAAAACCCUAACCUUCCACAUCCUCGAAUCCAACCCCGACCCCAACACCCCACGCCCCCUCCUACUCCUCCUCCACGGCUUCCCCGAACUCGCCUUCUCCUGGCGCAAAGUCAUCCCCCCACUAGCAGCAGCUGGCUACCACGUCGUAGCCCCCGACCAGCGCGGCUUCGGCCGCACAACAGGCUGGGACACGAGACCCUUCUCGGAGGUCGACCUGAAUACAUUCACGCUCACGAGCUUCGUCCGGGACAUGGUGACCCUGGUACAUGCGCUGGGGUAUCGGUCUGUGCAGUGCGUGGUCGGACAUGAUUGUGGAGCUGUUACGGCGGCGAUGUGUGCGCUUGUACGGCCGGAUUUCUUUAGGAGUGUUGUGCUUUUGAGUCAUCCUUUUAAUGGGAGUCCUGUGUUGCCGUUUGGGACUUCUUCUUCUUCUUCCUCUGGAGAAGAAGGGGAGGAGAAGGGUGGUGGAGGAGGAACGGAGUCCGCGGCAGGGGACCACGUGCAUGAUGAGCUUGCUGCGCGCGGCAGGAAGCAUUAUAAGUGGUAUUAUUCGACUUCGCCAGCGAAUGAAGAGAUGGUGGAGCCGGUGGCCGGGCUCGGAGAGUUCCUGCGAGGGUACUUUUAUCUGAAGAGUGGGAGUUGGGGUGGGAAUCAGCCGUUUCCGUUGGAAGGGUGGACGGCUGAGGAUUUGGUCAAGUUGCCUUAUUACUAUGUUAUGCCGUUGGAGGCGAAUAUGCGCGAGGCUGUGCAGAGGCACAUGGAGUCGGAGUCGGAGGGGACGGUUGCGGCUUCGAAGGAGUGGUUGUCGGAUGAGGAAUUGGCGGUUUAUGUGGGUGAGUAUGCGCGGACGGGGUUCCAGGGUGGGUUGAAUUGGUAUCGUGUGCGAACGGCUGCUGGGGGCAGGUAUACUUGGGAUUUUGAUGUGUAUGCUGGUCGGAAGAUUGAGGUACCGGCGGCUUUUGUGUCCGGCAAGUCGGAUUGGGGGAUUUAUCAGGAGCCGGGGGCUUUGGAGAAGAUGGUGGAUGGGAGGGUUUGUUCGGAUUUUAGGGUGUUGAGGUUGGUGGAUGGGGUUGGGCAUUGGGCGCCCCAGGAGUGUCCUGGGGUUGUGGUGGAGGUUAUUUUGGAGUUGUUACGGGGGUUGUAG